UAGUUGACGAUAAAAUCUAAGGGUUACAUCGAACUUUUCAUCAUUUUCGUUGCUUCCAAAGCCAUGGAAGGCGAGAUUGUGAGAUAUGGUAGCUUCCCUGCUAUCAUUUGUAUGAUCUGUUUUUCAUUCUUGAACGGCGUCGUAUCCGAAGUUUACACCGUUGGAGAUGAAAACGGAUGGAAUUCGGAGGUUGACUAUGCUUCCUGGUCGGAGAAAUACAAUUUCACCGUCGGCGACGUUCUAGAGUUUAGAUAUAGUAGAGGGCAGCACAAUGCGUAUGAAGUGACGGAGUCUGCAUAUCGAACAUGUGAGACGAGCAGUGGAGUUUUAGGCAAGUAUGAGAGUGGAGAAGAUAAGGUGGAGCUGAAUGAAUCAAAGAAGUAUUGGUUUGUGUGCAAUGUGAGUGGGCAUUGCCUUAGGGGAAUGAGGUUUGGGGUUGAUGUUAAAGAAACCACUAUUCAUUUGGACCCAAUCCCAUCACCCAACUCUGCCUGUACUAAUCGUGUUUACUUUUAUCUUCCAUUAACCUGGUUCCUUCAUUAUUGUGUUUCUUGGUUUGCAAUAAUAUAUUUUGUUGUUCCAAGUUUUAUGUCAUACACCUGCUUAUGCAUGCAUAUCCAUCUUGUAAUAUCGUAG